AGGCGCAGCAACUCUUGGCGGCGCUUUCAGUCUCUGGGUGCAAAGCGGGGUCUUCGGUCGCAGGCGCAAACGGGCUCGUUGUCGGAGGGCGAUGGAGCUGCCCCGGGCGCCCCUCUGGCUCCUGUGGGCUGGGCUGGGGUCCUUCGUGCCGGGCAAGCCGCUGUGAUUCCUCCAGGCACUCCCUAUGCCAUUCCUACCUGGAGAUAUCAAAGCCCAACCAAGGGCUGCCCCAGUUCCUCUCCGUGAUCCACCUGGAUGAUCAUCCCAUUGCUCGAUAUGACAUCCUCAAUGGGACGACAGUUCCUCUGGUGCCCUGGAUGGAGGCGGAGGAGGUGAAGAUACCUGAGAGGAUGUUCAGAGCUGACCUGGAGUGGUUAUCAAACCGCAACCCCCAGACUGGAGGGCUUCACACCUGGCAGCUGGCUUUGGGCUGUGAGCUCAUUGAAGACGGGAGCAAAGGAGGGUUUUUGCACUAUGGCUAUAAUGGGAUGGACUUCAUCAGCUUCGACAAGGAAACCCUCAGAUGGGUGACAGCUCAGCCCCAGGCCCAGAAGGUCAAGGAGGAGUGGGAGGAGGAUCCAAGGUGGUCCCAGGGAAUCAAAGACUUCCUGGAGAAGACCUGCAUUUUGUGGCUGCAGACAUACCUGCCCCACCAGAAGGAGGCUCUGAAGAAGACAGAGCCCCCAGUGGGGAAUGUGACUCGCAAGGUGGUGGAUGACAGCCUGGAGGUCCUCAUCUGCCAGGCCUUUGGCUUCUACCCCAAGGAGAUCAGGAGCACCUGGAUGAGAGACGGAGAGGUCUGCCAGUAUGAGACCCUCCAUAAGAAUGUGGCCCCCAACUCAGAUGGGACCUAUUAUGUCCAGCUCAGCAUUGAUAUCGACCCCAAGGAGAGGAACCGUUUUCAGUGUCACCUGGAGCACGAGGGCUUGCAGGAGCCCCUGGUCUUGGCCUGGGAGGAGGAAACAGAUAUGUUGCUAUUUCAUUCGGUGGGAGUUGUGAUGAUCAUAAUCUUGGGAGCUGUGAUUCUCUUCCUGAUCUGCUGCUGGAGGAAAAACAGAAAAAAUCUCCCUCAGACAAUGACAACUUGCCUCAAUCACCUUUCUUUAGAAAAACGUUUUUCUUCCUCUACUUUUACCACUGAAGAUGGGAUUCAAUCACAGGUGAUGUUCCCACCCAAAAUGACAUCGGAGGGUGGCUGUGGUGAGAAGACAGAGCUAAGGGAAGGUAAGAAAAGACUUCUGAAGGCUUCCCCAGAUGCCUAUUCAGACAAGGUGGAAGGAGCAGCUCUGGAGAUUUCAGAGGAGGGAUCAGAGGAACGUCUGGAAGAUGCUGAUGCCCCGAAGCCAGGAAUGGAGGGGCUGGAGGAAGAAGUGAGCCCAGGAACUUCAGAAGGGCCCUCAGAGGAACAACCAGUGGAGCACCUGGCUGGAGAGGAAAGGGGAGAGACGCAGCUGCAGCUGGAGGGCUCACAGACCCAGCCAGAAGCCCAGGAUGGAGAAGGAUUUUGCUGCAGCUUAUCAGAAAGGAUGAGAAGAACCUGUUGAGUAGGACUGAACGGAAGGAGGCGCAAUGGAGGUCGGUCCAUUGCCUCUUUCCUCCUAAGGAGUAAUACUAGCACACCCCUCCUUAGUCCAAGAUUUGCACAAUGUAGUGUUAGAAACAACCACACAUUUUUCCCUGCCAUGCAGGUACUGUCACUUUGUGGCUGCUGUUUACAUGACUUCCAGCCUGCACUCCAUGUGACCUCCGUUUGGACUUCAGAUAUGCUUUUCAGACUUUGGCCUUGCACUUUGCCUUGGAUUUGGGUGUGGAUUCUGAACUAUGCCUGGAUUUUGGUGUGUGUGUGUGUGUGUGUGUGUGUGUGUGUAUUUGGGGACUUUUUCAUUUCCCUGGCAUCUUUGCAACUCUCAGCCAAGCUGAGCAACCUUGCAUUCAGUAGAAUUUUGCCAUUGGUGUGAGUGGGACCUGGGGAAUAUUAUCAGGGCUUUCACCCUCAUUUUUUUGGACAUGACUAAAGUUAAACUCAGAUAAUCUCAGGGCCAAAUAGACCCUUGGACAGUGGCCAGGGAGGGUGUAGUUUCCUUUUGUUACUUUUCUUUUCUCCACUAAAAGCAAACCCUCUUUUUUAUGGGGGAGGGGAAGGCAACCACUCUGGUUUCCUUAAGAGAAAGGCAGGAUGUGGGUUGAACUCCUUUCUACGUGCUGGAACUGCUUCCCAGGUCAGCCUCUCAUUCUGAUUGUUCCUGGUGGUCUCCCAUCCCAUCCCAUGGAAAGAGAAAGCAGGGCAGCCCUCCUUACUUGAGGGGCCCAUGAUCUCUCCAGAGGAGCAGUGACAUGCAGUCAGGGGAGGCAGGGGAAGGAUACUGCAAAAUCUCCAUUCCCUCUC